GCUGAAUAAUUAAUGUAAUUAAGCAGUUGUAACCCGUUUGACUUGAUGUGCGUGUGUGUCUGUGUCGGUUUCAAAGCGGCAAUAAUAACCUUUUCCUACAUCAACUGCAUGUACUAUACUCUUAUAGUAUGUUUGUCCAGAUACCUUUCAUUAUACGACGAUUCUGAACUUUAUUGAGGCAAUGAGAAGGACCAAGGCAACGAAUUGUAAUGUAACCACGACCUUCUUAAACUAAACUAAACUAAACGAAACUAAACUAAACUAAACGAAACGAAACUAUACUUAACUCAGCUCAGCUACUCAAGCGCAGACCAAGAAAGAAAAAGCAACAAACUUUAUUUUUGGAUCAUUUAAAUAUGUAAUAUGUAACUAUAAAGCAACAACGUAUACAUCACAUAACAAUACAUAUUACUAUAGCUAUAGAUGCAUAUACGUGUACAUAAAUCUAAUGAUAACUGGCUGAAAAUCAUCAGCAAAUUUGAAUCGUAAAUUAUCGUAAUAAAAAGUGCGAUGCUCAACGAUCCACGUUCGACUCUCGCUGAAAGCUAAUUUCAAUUUACGCCUAAGAGACAGUGGAGGCGACCGAAAAGCAGCAACAAAUAACUAAUAAUAAUUUCCAAAUUUAUAUGACAACAAUAUACAGCUGCUAUGCCAAUUUUAAAUUUGUAUAUAUAUGUACAAACGGGUGUAUGUGCGGCACACUAAUUUCUCGGCUCUCAACAAAAAAUAAAAUUCGCUGCUUAAAUAAAUUAAAUUGAACCGAACCGAACAGCACUUUGACACGAAUAGCAAAUAGUUGUAUCUACUGUAUGCUAAAAGAGGGCGGACAUACAAACUAUCGACAAGUGCGACAAGUGAGAGCGAUUAAUGAGUUAGACAAACGGAAAAAAAGAACAAAGCCAAAGGCAAGGGCAAAGGCAAAGGCAAAGGCAACGGCAAAGACAAAGGACAACGGCCAACAGGUUGCAUCAGUGUGUGGCAAAUAAAGAAAGUGCUCAGGAUAGAGCACUGGCCCAGCUGCGGACGCGACGAUCCAAAGCACUUGCAAAAAUUAGCACCGCUCUAUAACGAGCGAAUAGCGGUCGUCUGUCUAAAAAUAUCGUCGAGUACGCGCGCGCCAAUGCUCGUGACAGCUGAUGUUGACAACAACAAUGGUGACGUUAUUGGCUGGAUCGGACACGUCACGGAUGCGGUAUGAACUGGAUGUCUGGCGACCAGCAAAAUAUUGAGCAUACGCCGCAUAGCAUACAAACAACUAACAACAACAACAACAACAACAAUUGUAUACCCGUGUAUAAAGUCAAAGAUAAUUAAAGGCAGUGAUCGAAACAAAUCCCACAACAUUGAACUGCGCUAGGGAAUACAGUCGUUUGGUUAGUUUGUCAUUCUCUAUUGAUAACAACAACAACAACAACAAGAGGAAGAAGAAGAACAACAACAACAACAUUAACAAUAUUAACAGCAUCAUGCGAAGCAGCAGGCGACAAAACAUGAGAAUGAGAAUCGCUCGUAAGCACAGCAAGAAGAAAGAGAGGAAGCAACAAAAACAGAAAUUGUGAAAGAAAAUGAAAAUGCUAAAGACUGUUGAGCCUCAGUCUAAAUUCGUCGUCGAUCGGCGUUAAAUGCUCGUGGUGGGGCAUGCACGUGUCUGUGUGCGAGUGUGCGUGCGUGUGUGUGUGUGUGUCUGUGCGGAUGAGAAAGAUCGCGAGAGCUGCUCGCAUUGAUCACUAAAUAGCUGGCAUAUUUGCUACAAACAUACAUACGCGUAUGUACAUAUAUACAUACAUACGACAUCGGCAAUCGCCGCAGACUCUUAACAAACGUAUUGUUGCUCGGGCGGCUGCAAUCGAAUCGAAUUGAAUCGAAUCGAAUCGAAUCGAACGACCCUUCAAACUAUUGCAAACAACAUUACAACAAACGAAACGAAAAGUGCAAAUGGUUGCUACAAGUAGAUAAAUAAAUCAACAAAAGGAAAAUAGCUAUAAAAAGGUUACAGUGCAGUGAAAAAUUGUCACAACAAACUCGAGUCAAGUGCGGGGCAUAAUAAAUAAAUACUAUAUACAAAAACAAAUUGCAAGUGAAUAUGAAAGCACACACAACUACAUCCAACAUCGAGUGACAAAAAUAAAAUAUGAAAUAUGCAAAUGCAUAUGCAUGCGAAAUGAAAUAUAUGCAAAUAAUAAUUGCCAAUUCAAUUCCGUAACAAUGCCAAGUGCAGGUUUAAGCAAAGGAUUUUGUUUGAAAAGGCUACAGCUGCUGCUCAUAUAAAGGAUAUUUCCAGCAUGCAACGCUCUAAAUGACGACACGACCCAAGAAGUUUGAACUCGUUUUGUGAUACUUUUAAAUAACAGGAAGUACGUUAAGGCCCAGUCACGUAGUUAUAUAUUUUUAUGUGUAUAUGUGUAGUACGAUUUUAAUUUAAUUUACGUAAAACUUUUCGGUUCGUUCAGUUGCAUUAGCCAGCCCCAAAGACAACAAAAACAAGAAUAUAAAAGACAUUUGCAUAAGCACUGAUACUGUUACUGAUACUGAUACUGAUACUGCUACUUGAACUGAUAAUCGAACUGACCCCCUUGCAAAAGACAUAACUCCCCACUCAUCUGAACGCUUCAGCUAACCACCAAGCGCGAUUUGUAGUUCUUAGAGAGUCGUCACCAUGUCACAUGGGGACCGAGAGGAAUGUACGUAAUAUACCCAGCCGAUGAUCUCAUCUUGAUGACAUAUGGUUACUUUGCACCACGCGUGAAACCACGACCCUCACUCGACUGCCUGCGUGAGCCACUCGUGCCUAUUGAGUAUCCAGUUUCCAGAACCAACGCCAACACCAACGCCAACACCAACGCCAACACCAACGCCACCGCCAACAGCAACAGAAGUAACUACAAUCCAGACGUAUCGUCGUUCACGAAUUUAUUGCAGCAGCAAUCAGAGUUCGAUCCACAACCACCUGUAGGCUCCACGCCCAAUUCGCCGCACCACCUGCCAUCGCCAGUACAUACCACAGUCUUCCCAUUCGACGCACAGCCACCACCACCGCAGCCGCCGCCACAGCUACUGUCGCAGAGUUUGCCGCCAACGCCCACACGUCGCACCUCACGUGCCUCACUCACGCACUCGAACAACUCGAACCAAUCGAAUCCGACCUCGGCCAAGCGCUCCAGCAUACGCAGCAGGCGCUCCAAUCCACCAACACCGCCUCUAAAUCACCAGCGAAAGCUUAGCUCGCCAAAAUCGACGCCAACGUCUGCGCAACUUUCACAAUCGUUUGCAGGAUUGCGUGUCACGCCGCUGUCCACACCACCACCAAUGUAUAAUGACGCGAACACGCGCACUGGCAGGGGUGGCAGCAGCGGACGCGCACCUUUGGAACGACACAGCGCCUAUGAUGAUAGUUUAGGUGCUGGCGCUAUUGGAGGAGUGGGAGCCGGCGGUUCCUUUGAGUAUCCAAGCGGGGCGCUCGUGAGCGCUCGGGAUCGCAGCCCCAGCAUAUUUCUUGAGCCCCCCUCGCCAGACCCCACACAUGCACACUUCGGCCCUGGUUGGGGGCGACCCAUGUCGCCCAUGGACCUGCCACCAGAACCUCCCUCAGCAACUACAAAAUCGCCAGCGAGCAAAUCGCGAUUGCGUCCCAAGCUUCACAUACCGCUCGGCCGGCUGGGCCGUUCCACCUCCUCGGACACACGGGAGUCAAAUCGCCUGCGUGAAGACGUGCAUGUGCAUGUCGAGAAUCCCGUGUUCAGUAGCGAGAACCUGCGCCAGAACAACUUCGAUGCAUUCUUUGAGGCACGCGAGCCCGUCAUCAAGGUUCAACCGAAAACGCCAAGCACAACAUCACCGGAUGGCCGGAGCUACUCCCCGCCCCUUGAUAACUAUGCGGGUGUCUACGACUCACCCAAGUCCCGUAGUCGUGGCGCGACGGGUGGCGGCGGUUUAUUUGCUCGCUCGCCUAGGGAGGAGCGUGGGCGAGCGCUCGCCGAACACUCCCGCAGUGCGGACCAGUAUGAUGGGCCACGAGAGAUGCGUGGCGGUUCAGUCAGCGCGGAUGGUGGGCGUGGAGGAGGAGGGGCAGGUGGCGCGGCUGGUGGUAGUGGUGGGGCGUCCUCCAAAGGUGACAGAUUCUUUGGCAAAAUAUUCAAGUGGUCUAAGAAAUCGUAACUUCUUUGGGUGGAGGGGACCACGAGGUGGUUCCCUUGGCCCGCCAGCCAGCAUGGCGUCCUACAAUGGUGUGCUGAAGGAUUACAGUCAUAGCAGUUUGAAUGAGGCUUUCAAAACCCAAAACAAU